AUGUCUAUCCCAGAAACCCAAAAAGGUGUCGUUUUCUACGAAAAUGGUGGUGAAUUACAAUACAAAGAUAUCCCAGUCCCAACCCCAAAACCAAAUGAAAUUUUAAUCAAUGUUAAAUACUCUGGUGUUUGUCAUACUGAUUUACACGCUUGGAAAGGUGAUUGGCCAUUACCAACCAAAUUACCAUUAGUUGGUGGUCAUGAAGGUGCCGGUGUUGUUGUUGCUAAAGGUGCUAACGUUACCAAUUUUGAAAUUGGUGAUUAUGCUGGUUAUACUCAUGAUGGUUCAUUCCAACAAUAUGCUACCGCUGAUGCUGUUCAAGCUGCUAAAAUUCCAGCUGGUACUGAUUUAUCAGAAGUUGCUCCAAUCUUAUGUGCUGGUGUUACUGUUUACAAAGCUUUAAAAACUGCUGAUUUAGAAGCUGGUCAAUUUGUUGCCAUCUCAGGUGCUGGUGGUGGUUUAGGUACUUUGGCUAUCCAAUAUGCUAGAGCUUUAGGUUUAAGAGUUUUAGCUAUUGAUGGUGGUGAUGAUAAAGGUGAAUUAGUUAAAUCUUUAGGUGCUGAAAUUUACAUUGAUUUCACUAAAACUAAAGAUAUUGUUGCUGAUAUCAUUAAAGCUACUGAUGGUGGUCCACAUGGUGUUAUUAACGUUUCAGUUUCUGAAAAAGCUAUUGAACAAUCAACUGAAUAUGUUAGACCAACUGGUACUAUUGUUUUAGUUGGUUUACCAGCUGGUGCCGUUGCUAAAGCUCAAGUCUUUGGUGCUGUUGUUAAAUCAGUUUCUAUUAAAGGUUCAUAUGUUGGUAACAGAGCUGAUACUAGAGAAGCUAUUGAUUUCUUCACCAGAGGUUUAGUUAAAGCUCCAAUUAAAGUUGUUGGUUUAUCUGAAUUACCAAAAAUUUAUGAUUUGAUGCAACAAGGCAAAAUCUUGGGUCGUUAUGUUGUUGAUACCUCUAAAUAG